UACCUAGUGAGACCGUGAAAAAGGUUUUCUCUUUCUCCGUCAUUUUGUCACUCAUUCUAAUUGAACUCUUUGAAGCAGAGCGACUACUCCGUGGAGGGAGAAAUUAUCAAUGAUGGAGGUUGAAUUGGAGCCAAGAGUGAAACCCCUGAGCUAUAAGGUGAAGGCGACCUCCAGAGAGUCGCCGUCGCAGAAAGCUUCUCAUGUCCUCGACACAGACCUCCGCUCCCACUGGUCCACCGGCACCAACACCAAAGAAUGGAUUCUACUGGAACUCGACGAACCUUGCUUGCUGUCCCACAUAAGAAUAUACAACAAGUCAGUACUUGAAUGGGAAAUUGCAGUUGGCUUGCGAUAUAAGCCAGAUACUUUUGUGAAAGCUCGCCCACGAUGUGAAGCACCUCGUCGAGACAUGGUAUACCCUAUGAAUUACACUCCAUGCCGCUAUGUGCGAAUAUCCUGCUUGCGAGGAAACCCUAUAGCUAUCUUUUUUAUCCAGCUCAUUGGGGUUUCAGUUGCCGGCCUGGAACCAGAGUUUCAACCAGUUGUUAAUCACUUACUGCCAAAUAUUGUUGCACACAAACAAGAUGCACAUGACAUGCAUCUUCAGUUUCUUAAAGACAUGACAAACCGUUUGGCUCUGUUCCUUCCCCAACUUGAGACGGAUUUAAAUAGUUUCGCAGAGGGCCCUGAACAGAAUUUACAUUUCCUUGCGAUGCUUGUUGGUCCCUUCUACCCGAUCCUUCAGGUGUUGAAUGAAAGUGAUCUGACAGAGAAGCUGCAAGGUCUUUGGGGAAUGUGUCGGAAUCUGAAGUCAUUAAGCAGACUCAGCCUUCAUCUUUAUUGACGGUUUCCUCUAACUUUGAGCCUAGAAGAUCCCGAAGCACAUCUCCCUUCAUAUCUGCUAGUUCUAUAGUCUUCCGUCCUGAUAUAGUUUUUGUAUUGCUGAGGAAAGCAUACAAGGAAGCUGAGCUGGGAAAUGUUUGCAGAAUGGCUUCUAGGGUUCUGCAUAAACUUGCUGAGCCUGCGGCAGUUAACGAAGCGGCAUUAUCUAGGAGUGAAGUGAAAUCUGCAUUACCUUUAGAUGUCACUUCGAAGUCUGAAUCCUCUAAUCCUGCUACCCUGGUUGAUUACUCAAAUUUGUUUGGAGAAGGGUUUCACAUACCAGAUGAUCGGUGGGACUCCAAUAUUCUUAAUCUCUUGGAUAUAGGCGUGGUAGAGGAAGGGAUUUUCCAUAUCCUGUUUGCUUGUGCGUCACAGCCUUCCUUUUGUCAUAAAUUGUCGGAGAACACAUCUGACUUUUGGUCUGCUUUGCCACUAAUACAAGCAUUACUUCCAGCAUUACGUCCCGCCAUAAACAACCCGGGCGACCAUCUUGAUGAGAGCUUUUCUCAGUGGAAACAACCUUUUGUUCUAUGUGCCCUGUCUGAGAUUGUUGCUAUGUCUUCUUCAGCUUUAUAUCGGCCACUUCUUCAUGCAUGUGCUGGCUAUUUAUCUUCAUUUUCACCAUCACAUGCAAAAGCUGCCUGUGUUCUGAUUGAUCUCUGCUCUACUGUGCUAGCCCCUUGGACGGCUAAGGUCAUUGCAAAGGUUGAUCUCGCCAUGGACCUUCUAGAGGGCCUCUUGGGCACCAUUCAGGGGGCUGCACUUUGUAUCGUACGCGCUCGUGCUGCCCUCAAGUAUAUUGUGCUGGGCUUGUCAGGGCACAUGGAUGAUAUAAUGGGGAAGUACAAGGAUGUCAAGCAUCAAAUCUUAUUUUUGUUGGAGAUGCUAGAGCCUUUUUUGGAUCCUGCUAUCUGUGCAUUGAAGAGCACCAUAGCAUUUGGAGAUGUUUCUGUCACGUUUCCGCAAAAUCAGGAAGAAAACUGUACAAUUGCCCUUAAUGUCCUUCGUACAGCGGUGCUGAAGCCAGCUGUUCUCCCUUAUUUAGAAUCUGAAUGGCGGCAUGGAGCUGUUGCUCCCAGUGUUCUUCUCUCGAUACUGGAACCUCACAUGUGCUUGCCUCCUGAAAUUGACCUUCGUAAGUCUCCAGCUUCUAAAAUCCAUGAGCGUGAAACCGUUUCUGAUGCCUUGCAUUCUUCUGUUCCCUACCAAGGAGGAUGUCCCUCUAAUUUCAAUGACCAAGAUGAGGCUGGUGGGAAAUCAGAUGCUUCUGAUGUUGGAGGAAAGAUAGAUGCAUUAGAAGAUGUUAAUCUUCUUUUUGCACCUGGAGAAUUACAGACCAUAUCGUUGACAAAUGCUUCUGGAAAUCCUCAUGACCCUAUCUUGGAUGCCAGGCAUAAAGAUGCCAGCUUAGAACUCAAACGUGUAAUUGAGGAAAAUUUCACUGGUGUCUUUCCAAAUGGGUUAAUAUUGGAUGCUGGUUCGAAUUGGGAAUACUUUAACUUGCAAGCUGACUACUUUCAACUAGUAAACUGCCAUGACUGCGAACUCAGGGCUUCUGAAUUUCGACAUUUGGCCUUGGAUUUACAUGAACGGAAUGAGAUAGCUGAUGAAGCUCAUGAUGUAGCAAUUGAUGCUUUGCUCUUGGCUGGAGAGUGUCAUGUGAACCCUUUUUUUAUGACGUCUUUCAGAUCCGAUCCAAAAUUGGAUUCAUAUAUGGCUAAAGUUUCUGAAGCUCAAAAGACUGGAAAUUCUUCCAAAGGCAGAGAAGUUGACGUGGAAAGAAUAGCAGUUCUUGAAAAGAAAAGAGAUAUGACUGUUCUGGAACUGGUCCUGGAGGCUGCCCAACUGGACUGGAAGUUUCAGAGAAGAAAAACAUGUGGGGAGCAGUCUCCUCGUUACGAUGAAGGAAUUGGUGUGCAAGUCAUAGAUGUGCCUUCCUUUGAAAUACAAUCAGCUGAUGCAAUUACCUUGGUUCGACAAAAUCAAGCUUUACUGUGCAGUUUUCUUAUUCAGAGGUUGAAGAAAGAUCAACAAUCUACUAGUGAAAUUCUUAUGCACUCUCUUGUGUUCCUGUUGCACUCUGCUACUGAACUAUACUGUGAUCCUGGAGAUGUCAUCGAUAUAAUAUUAAAACGUGCAGAAUAUCUCAGUGGGAUGCUUGCAUCAUUUUACUAUCGCCUAAAAGAAGAUAAUUUUCAAUUAGAUCCGGAACAGAUCCAUGGGUUACGACGACACUGGAUACUGCUUAAAAGAUUAGUUAUUGCUUCAAGUGGUGAUGAAGGGUCAGACUUUGCUUUCAAUCUCAACAGCAAGUUUCAGUGUGGAUAUCUCAUUCCACCAUCAGCCUGGAUUGAGAGAAUAUCAGCAUUUUCUUGCAAUGUAUGCCCUCUUGUUCGAUUUCUUGGUUGGAUGGCAGUAUCUCGUAAUGCCAAAUGGUACACCAAGCACCGCCUUUUCCUUGCAACAGAUCUGCCUCAGCUAACAGAUUUAUUAUAUAUAUUCUCGGAUGAGCUUGCAAUAGUUGAUUGCGUUGCGAACCAGGGAGAUAAAGGUACACGAACUAAUCAGCAUGGGGCCUUUGUUCAUACUGUUAAUAAUGGCGGUUUCGCACUAGAUGGCGAUCAACAUACAGAUCGAUCUUUUUAUUUAAUCUACCCCGACCUUUGCAAGUUCUUCCCAAAUCUGAGGAAGCAAUUCAAAGGUUUCGCGGAGGACAUUUUGGAAGCUGUUGGAUUGCAGUUAAGAUCACUUUCUUCAAGUGUCGUGCCUGACAUUUUGUGCUGGUUUUCAGAUCUGUGUACAUGGCCAUUUUUUUCACAGAAACAAAAUAGUUAUUAUCAGCACAAUCAGCUAUAUGUGAAAGGUUAUGUAGCAAAGAAUGCCAAAGCAAUCAUCCUUUACAUACUUGAAUCCAUUGUGAAGGAGCACAUGGAAGCCAUGGUGCCAGAGGUGCCAAAAGCUGUUCAAGUGCUGGUGUCUAUUUGUCGGUCUUCAUAUUAUGAUGUAUCAUUUCUUGAUUCUGUGUUGCAACUGCUGAAGCCGAUCAUAUCAUAUUCACUACGUAAGGCAUCUGAGCAAGAGAGGGCGUUCAUUGAUGAUUCUUGUAUUAAUUUUGAGCUGCUGUGCUUUGGGGAUCUCCUUGCCGAUCUGAGGAGGAACGGAACUGAAGAUGUUUCUACUGGAAAAGGGAGGUCUAGAGCAUUGAAUAUUUUUGCCUUGGCUUCUGUCUUUGGUGAUUUAUCCGUCGAGUGCCGAAGAAACAUUUUGCAGUCGUUGGUUUUCUGGGUCUGCUUUACUAGCUUUGAGUCUACCACUUCUUUCCAUGAUUACUUGUGUGCAUUACAAGCUUUUCUUGUGAGCUGCAAAAAUCUAUUAGUUCAGACUUUAAGAUUCCUAGGUUUCGUGCCUGUUCAGUUGCAGCAUUGCCCCAAAGUCAUGGAGGAAUUGAGUUCAAGCAAUCACACAGGGAGGCAUACUCAGUUUCUUAAUGAUGUUUGCUUUAUCUGUCGUCCAGUAAAGGGUUCAGAGGUGGAAACUAAUAAUUUGAAUGAGAUGGUGUUAAAGGAAGAGCAGCAUCAUUUAUCUCCAGAGGAUAUUGAAGGCUUUUGCAGUGACUUGGAGAAUCUGAUCGUGAAGCUGCAUCCAAACAUUGAGCCAUGUUGGAAUCUCCAUCAACGUCUAGCAAAACAGCUGACUGUUGUUUCAUCUGAAUGUUUUGUGUACUUGCACUGCUUGUCUUCAGUUGUGCCACAACUGAAAGGUGCUAACGGUGGUAUUGAAAUUCAUUUACCAGUCAACUCUGUGGAUGACUUUCCAGAACAUUGGACGACCAGUUUGGAAAAAUUUGCUGCAAGUAUUUUGGAGCUUCAAGAAAAUCACUGCUGGGAAGUCGCAUCACUGAUGCUUGAUUGUCUACUUGAAGUGCCAUAUUGUCUCCAGCUGGAUAAUAUUGUCAGUACUAUCUGCUCUGCAAUACUCAAGUUUUCAAGUGGGGCACCAAAACUUACUUGGCGCAUGCAGUCUGAUAAGUGGUUGUCAAUGCUAUUUGCAAGAAAUGUGCUCUCUAUUCAAGAAAAAGAUGAGUCUCUUGCUGAACUUUUUGUUUCAUUGCUGGGUAAUCCUGAGCCCGAGCAAAGGUUUGUGGCUCUUCGACAUUUGGGUAGAUUGCUUGGCCUGGAUUUAUCUGGAGAAGCUGUUUUUGAGGAUGCUACACUUAAGGCCAGCUUAGGGUCAGCUCUGGCAGUUUCUGAGUCGUUUCUGUCAUUUCUAGUCUCAAGGACAUGGGAUCGGGUAGUAUUGUUGGCAUCGACUGACAAAUUAUUACCGUUGAGAACAUGUUCUAUGGCACUUCUUUUAGGAUAUGUACCACAUGCUGACAAGGAGCAGUUACAGUCUUUUCUAGUUGGAUCUGAUAGCAUUCUGCAUGUAAUAGGAAAAUCUGCCUUCCCUACACGCGAAGGCCAAUUACUGCGGCUCUCAUUAGCACUUCUUGCAAGUGUUUGCCUCCACUCCCCUGCUGAAGAUGUUUCUUUGAUACCAGAAAAUGUUUGGAGAAAUGUUGAAACUGUCGAAUCGUCUAGAACCGGUGAACUGGAGAAAAAUGUUUGCAGAGCAUUAUGUAGGGUGAGAGAGGACGGGGAUGAAGCAAAAGAGGUGCUGAGAAGGAUGCUCUCUGAAAAUUCUUCACAACAACUUGCAUCAGAUUUUGGAGGCAUACGUGAAUCAAUCCUCCAGGUUUUCGCCAAUCUGUCUUCUGUUCAGUCUUAUUUUGAUGUGUUCUCUGAUAGAAUUGACCAGGAGAAGAUGGAACUGGAGGAGGCUGAAGUCGAACUAGACAUUAUUGAAAAAGGAUUGGCAGCGGGAGAAUCUUUAGAUGGUCGGAAAGAAGAGAGGAAUACUCCUUUAAUUGUUGCCUCUGCAGAAGGCAAAAGCCGUCUGCAGCAAAUCAAGAAUCAUAUCCGUUCAUUCGAUAGGUCCAAGCUCCAAGAAGAUGUAAUAGCACAUAGGCAAAGGAAACUAAUUAUGAGACAAGCCCGGCAAAAAUAUAAAGAAGCAGCAGCUCUGCGGGAAGAGGAACUUCUUCGGGAGCUUGAUAGUCAGAGAACUAGUGAAACAGAAAAGGAGAUUGAGAGACAGAGGUUGCUUGAGGUUGAGCGUGCAAAAACUAGGGAGCUCCGCCAUAAUCUUGAAAUUGAGAAGGAGCGGCAAGCACAGAGAGAACUUCAGCGAGAGUUAGAGCAGGCUGAGUCUGGUUUGCGAUCGUCACGGCGCGACUUCCCUUCAGCGGCACAUACCAGCCGGUCUCGGGAUAGAUAUCGAGAUAGGGAAAAUGGAAGGCAAGGCAACGACGGGGGCAGCAGAACCAGCACAGCUGAAAAUGCCAGUACUAGUUCUUCAAUGGGCGUUCCUCCAGCCAUGGUCUUCUCUGGCGGACCUCGUUCAUUUUCAGGGCAGCCACCGACGAUCCUUCAGUCCAGGGACCGUCAAGAUGACUGCGGGAGCGGUUAUGAAGAGAACUUUGAAGGCAGCAGGGACUCAGGUGACACUAACAGUGUUGGGGAUCCCGAACUGAUGUCUGCAUUUGAUGGCCAGUCGGGUGGUGGCUUUGGGUCGGGCCAACGGCAAGGGUCUCGAGGGAGCAAGUCGAAACAAUCAAUGGAGCGAAGAGAAAGGGAGGGAAGGCGCGAGGGCAAGUGGGAGAGAAAACAUUAGAAUGUGUAACAGGUGCUGUAAGCUGUUUAUGGUUAACAAAGGCAACUGUUUUUGUGGCGUCUAUUCCCUUUCUGGGCCGACAAAUAGCUCUGUUGUAUUGUUCUCUAGUGUUUUUUUCGUUCUUCUCUGUUACUGAGAACAGACCCAACUGAAUUGGUGAGAUCGAAUUGUUCACUACUGAAUUGUAAUGCAUGCACAGCUGAUAUGCUGGAACACGUUACAUGAACGUAUUUACGCGCUUAUUACA